AUGAACUUAACAGUCAAAGGAAAACAAUACCCAGUGACAGUUUAUGUGACACCAGCACCAGAAAAUCUUCUGAGCCGAGAGGCUGCCGCGAGGAUGGGACUAGUAGUACGGGUAGAUUCGCUGUUUGGAGGCUUAGAUAAAAAUGCUAUCAAAACUAAACCAGUGAAAAUCGAGUUGAAGGAAGAUGCUCAGCCGUAUAGUGUUCAGACAGCCCGUAGAAUCCCAAUUCCCCUCAGAAGCAAGGUCAAAGAAGAACUAAGGAAAAUGGAGCAGGCUGGGAUCAUAGAGAAAAUCGACGAACCAACAGACUGGUGCUCACCGAUCGUGCCGGUGAUCAAACCAUCAGGGGGAGUAAGAAUAUUAUGCACUGACUACAAAAAGCUGAACGCAGCCGUCAAACGUGAGAAAUACAUGCUCCCUGUCGUUGAAGAGGUCUUGCACAAACUAAAGGGUUCGACAAUCUUCAGCAAACUAGAUGCUACAAGCGGCUAUUUCCAAGUUCCACUUAAUGAGAAGUAUGCAAAACUGACUACAUUUAUUACCCCUGAAGGAAGGUUCUUCUACAAACGCUUGCCGCAAGGGAUCUGCUCGGCGAGCGAGAUUUUUCAGAGGAUGAUAGAACAGAUUCUCUGUGAUCAGGGGGGAGCAAUUUGUUUCCAAGAUGACAUUCUUGUUCACAGCAGAAAUACAGAGGAGCACAAGAGACACUUAAAAGAAACAUUUUCGAAGCUUGAGAAUGCCGGGGUGAAACUGAACCAAGAAGAAUGCGAGCUUAGAAAGGAUGAGAUUAAAUUCUUGGGGUUCAUCGUCAGCAAGGACGGGAUCAGACCGGAUGACGGCAAGACGUCAGCAAUCAUCGAAAUGCCAGACCCCACAAACCUGACUGAGCUGCGCAGAAUGCUGGAGCUACUCGAGAAGGAAAGAGCGUGGACAUGGGGUCCAUCUCAAAUCGAAGCAGUGAAAAAGGUCAAAGAACUGUUAACAGAAGCACCGACGCUGGCAUACUUUGACCCAGAACUGCCAACGACAGUGAGUGCUGAUGCCAGUAGCUAUGGCCUGGGAGCUGUGCCGCUGCAAAAACACGAAGAGGGUGAUCGUCCAGUUGCUUUCUCAUCCAGAAUACUGUCAAAGCCAGAAAAGCAAUAUGCACAAAUAGAAAAGGAGUGCUUAGCAUCCACAUGGGCGUGCGAGAAAUUUGAGAAAUAUCUCAUCGGACUGCCAGCAAUAGAGAUUGUGACAGAUCACAAACCCCUAGUACCUUUGAUAAAUACGAAGGAUUUAUCAGACACACCUCUUCGGUGCCAGAGACUGUUACUUAGAUUGCUAAGAUUUAACGCAACUGCCAGAUACGUUGAGGGCAAGAAGAUGCUAGUGGCUGACGCUCUCAGCAGAGCACCACUAGCAGACGAAGACAGAGCGUCACAUCGAGACGUGCACACACACGUAAGAGAGGUAGAAGCGUCGUGGCCAGUCAGAGACACAACACUUGAAAAGCUCCAACAGGCAACGAAAGAAGACGUCGAACUGAACUGUGCCAUGAGCUACACACUGAAUGGAUGGCCUGCAUACAAAGAAAACGUUCAACUAGCUGCCAGAAACUUGUACGAUAUCAGAAGCGAGCUGAGUGUGCAAGACGGGCUACUGUUGAGAGGGAAAAGAAUAGUCGUCUCAUUAGAGAUGAGAAAAGAGGUUCUUCAGAAGAUUCACCAUGGUCAUAUGGGAAUAGCUAAAUGCCGAGAGAGGGCAGCGCAGUCAGUGUGGUACCCACAGAUUGGGAAAGACAUAAAGGAAAGAGUGGCAAAUUGUCGACAGUGCUUGGAAGAGAGAGCAUCCCAUCCCAAAGAGCCUCUGCUUCCAACGCCACUUCCCAACAGGCCAUUUGAGAAGGUAGCACUUGACCUGUUUGAACUGAAAGGUCGGUCGUUCGUUGUGGUCAUCGACUACUAUUCAUGUUAUCCAGAAAUUGGGUACUUGCCCAACCAGAAAGCCUCAACGUUAGUCACAAAACUGAAAAUCAUCUUUGCGAGACAUGGCAUCCCAGAGACAGUAGUCAGAGACAAUCAGACCAAUCUUACGUCACACGAAUUUCAACGAUUUGCCCAAGACUGGGGUUUCCAGCAUAUUACCAGUUCCCCACACUUUCCAUCUGGGAACGGAGCGGCAGAGUGCAGAGUCAAACUGUCCAAGCGCCUGUUAAGGCAAGAAGACUACGCUCUGGCAUUGUUGAUGCACAGAGCUACACCAAUACCAGGACUGGGGGCUAGCCCAGCAGAGCUAGUGAUGGGGAGGAAAAUGAAGACGACACUCCCAACACUUCCCACAGUCUUACAGCCUCGCACAGUCAACACGCAUCUGCUGCGCGAAAAGGACAGAGUCUACAAGUAG